UCAUCAUACCACCUCAUCCCCAACUCCCCGACUUAUUCUGUACUGGAUGGAGAACCAUCAUUACAGAGAACACAGUUCCACUUAUCCACAGCUCAGUGUAAGUUUAAACCCCUCUAGUCCACACCUGGUACUGGCCAUGUUGCCAAAAGGUUCUUGUUUAUCUGCUUGUAGUAAUAUAUAGUAAAUUUAAAAUCGACAAACAUGGAUAUACUUGUUUUUCAUUGGAAAGCAAAGACAUACACAAGCUUAAGAUUCACGUAUGUUUUUCAUAUUUUAUCAAAAUGUACAAUAAAUCGAAGAAUAUGUUAGGGAAAAUAUUAAAAGUUAGUAUUUACCAUUAUUACUACCCUUUUAAACCAUUUUGUCUGCAAUGUUCUUGCAGUGAAAAUACUGUAGGAGGCGAAACCUGAGAGGCUGGGCUGACUGUAAAUGAAUCUAAAGGCAGACAGCAGGGUCAGAGCUCUUUGUUGCUAGGAGAUCAUGUAUUAAUUCUUUAUCACGUCAUGUUGUCAUAGUCACAACAUUCUCAAAUGCACAGGGGGGUCCUGUCCUGUGUGAUCUCUGCAGCCAGGACAACACAUGAAAAUGGCAGAAAAAAAGUUCAAAGGUGCCCCUUUUGGGUCCCAGUCACACAGAUUUUGCAUUUCAGAUUUGAUGUCUCAGGAGUACAUCCAGCAAACAAGAGAGUGGGAACAUACACUCAGAUCUCCUAUUGCAAGAGGAGGACAAGUGACCUGGAGAGGAACCUCGGGCCUGGUACAUAUAAUCCAGACUCUGGUGACUUCAGUGCCCGGGCAGUGCGGGAGCGGUCAAUGGGUCCGGACUGGAAGAGAGCACAGGAGACGGCCCGUCUGGCACAAAUUCCACACCUGCUGUACCGGGAUGCGUGGGCAAACAAACAAUUCCUUAAAACCAAAGUUGGCCCAGGCACAUACAAAAUUCCUAGUUUUACUGAGGAGCUGAAAAAGAAACCUAGCAGCCUGAGAGGAAUCUGUGAGACCAGAGAGGAACGCUUCAAAGACUGUCAGAACACCAGCGUUGGCCCAGGUAUUUACAAAAUCACUAGUUUUAUUGAAGAUCUGGAAAAGAAACCUGGAAGUCCAAAAGGAAUCUGUGAGACUCGGGAGCAGCGCUUCAAAGACUUCCAGAGCUGCACCCCAGGUCCAGGAGCUUAUGGUAAAGGGGGAAUCCCUUCAGCCUCACUGGAAGAGAAGGAAAGGAGAAACAGGGGAAAUUCUAUAGACUCCAGUGCCAGAUUGAAACGCUUCCCUGAGAACAUCGUGAAAAGGACAAAUCUGGGUCCGGGUGAAUACACUAAGUUUGGGGAGGAGCUCCAGAGACCUGAGAAGAAGAAACAUGGGGUGUUCAGCAGUCUGGAGCAAUACCCUUCUGUUCCUACAGAGAGAAUCUACCUCUCCACACUGCCUCAGUGUCCACGGCCGAUGACGUUUCCUGGGCCAGGCUGGUAUGAUGUUAGUCCUGUAACUCCAAGCAGGCAAUCGAGGAGUGAAACACCAGCCCCUUUCCUCUCCUCUGCUUCUAGGUUCAGCAAGAGUAUGGAGACGCUGCUGAAUAAAAAACAUAACAUGGUUGGCCCUGGCCGCUAUGAAAUCGCAGACAAAAAUUGGAAUUCAACUGGUCACAGCUCAGCAUUCAUUUCUGAUACCCAGCGCUACCCGAACUGCCCGGCAAGAGACAAGUACAACCAGGAGAGACUCAGACCCCAAAACGUGUCAUUGGAAGGAAGGUCCAGCCUGGUGCCAACAGAGGGUCCCAUCUAAGGAGGACAAUUGUAUUCCUAAUUGUAGUUACAUUCCACACACAUUAUGCAUGGGUGCUUCCUACUGUAAAUACACAUUGCUGCCUAAAUAAGUAAUUGCAAUACAUUUAUUUCUACUGCAUAACA